AUGGGAUUGGAUUAUUAUCCACAAAUUGGAGAAGUUGUAACACAUGAUCAAUGGGUCGAAGACAUUCAUGUUAGGGAACGCAUAGCAAGUGGAAUUACUGAUGUUCUUUUACAUGAAAUUAAGUUGAAUGCGCUUCAAAGAGUUUCCAGGAGUUCGGAAAAUACAUUAGUGGAGAUCGCUCGUUUAAUAGAUAUGACUAUGUAUCAUCUACGUGUGGAUUUUGAGAUCGAAGUUACCAGGUCCGAACGACAAAGCAUAGCCAGUAAAAACCGAAAAGUCAUGCAAAAAACGGGAUCGAGAGGUGAUAAACCUGAUAUCAUGAUUCGCGCUUAUCUUCUUCAAAAAUGGGAAGAACUUGUGUUCUUUGAAAGCGGAAAAUGUGAUGCCAGCGAAGAUAAGAUUAAUCUUGAUCAUAAUAAACUGGUACAGCUAUGUCUGGAUGGAUCUAAAGAGCUUGUAAAGAAAUGUGCGAAAGAAAUAUUUUAUAAAAAUUAUAUAGGAUUCGGUGUCAAUGUUGUAGGUAAGUAUCUUGAGAUUCAUGGAUUAAUAAAGGGAAAAGAGGUAAAAUACCAUCUCCCAGUUGUUAAAGCAAAAAUACCCUUGGGUAAAGAAACGGUUGAGGAAGUAGAAGAGUUCGUUCAUGCAUUAUUGGUUUUGCGAGUGAGUAUUCUUUUAUUAAUGCAAUUUUUUGCACCUUGUGUCAGUUCUGCUGAAAUAUAUGUUUAUCAUGUAAUGCUACUAAUAUAA